AUGUCCACCGCCUACUACAUCUCAUUUGCAAUAUCUGCAAUCAUCGGUGGCUUGUCCGUCAUUGCCCUGGGCCGCGUUUGGGGCUUCGUCGUGUGGCUGGCCAAGAGGUCUCUUGAUAUCAUACCCACCCGCUAUCAGCCCGCCGAGAAGCCAGAGGAUGAGCACAUCCAAAUUCUAGUGGUGGGCGAUAUUGGCAGAAGCCCACGGAUGCAGUAUCAUGCUCUUAGCGUUGCAAAGCACGGAAGAAAAGUUGACAUUGUUGGAUAUAAAGAGACGGCCAGGCAUCCUGAUCUCAUCGGCAACCCCAACGUCACUGUCUAUCCUCUCGCUCCUCCGCCGGAAUGGAUUGCAUGGGAAACGCUUCCCUUUUUUCUCAACAUCCCCUGCAAGGUCAUUCAGCAGUUCUGGACCUUAUUCGUAACGCUCAUGUACACCGCUCCCCCGGCUCAAUGGAUCAUCAUUCAGAAUCCCCCUUCCAUCCCCACGUUUCACGUGGCUCUACUUGUUUCCUGGCUUCGUGGUAGCAAAGUCAUCGUCGACUGGCACAACUACGGCCACACUAUCCUUGCGCAAAAGUCUCUCCUCCGAAUCUUUGUGCCUUUCUACAAGUUUUACGAGAUCAGACUAGGCAAAUAUCUAGGAAAUGCGAACCUCGCAGUCACAGACGCCAUGGCGAAGCAACUUCAAGCCGGCGGCCGAUUUAACCUCAGGAACCCCGUCUACACACUUCACGACCGGCCAGCCGAAAUCUUCCAGCCCAUCAUCGCUCCAACAGCACGAUUGGAGUUUCUGUCUCGCCUUGCAGAGACCAAGAGCCAUGCCAAGAAUAUCGUCGAUGGAUCUCUCCGCCUGGUCGUAAGCAGCACCUCCUGGACGGCAGACGAAGACUUUGGCAUGCUGCUUGAUGCUUUGGUCGCCUACGCUACGCCUUCCUCAGACCAGGAAGAUGUCCCUCCCAUCUUGGCCAUCAUCACUGGUAAAGGCCCCCAAAAGGAAGCCUACCUUGAAAAGAUCAAGGAACUCCAAGAUGGUGGCAAACUUCCCGGUAUUCGAAUUCUCAGUGCCUGGCUUUCUAAUCGUGACUACGCCUCACUUCUCGCCUCUGCUGAUCUUGGCAUCUCUCUCCAUAAAUCAAGCUCUGGAGUCGAUUUACCAAUGAAGGUGGUGGACAUGUUUGGGGCAGGACUUCCCGUAGCUGCGUAUGCCGGGUUUGAGAGCAUUGGGGAGCUGGUAAAGGAGGGGCAGAACGGAUGUGGCUUUGAGACGGUGCCCCAGCUCACCGAGAUUUUGAAGCGGCUGUUGAGCCUCGAGGGUGCACAAGAGCUGGCCCAUUUGAGGAGAGGUGCCAUUGAGGAAGGCUCACGGCGUUGGGACGAAAAAUGGGACAGUGUCGUGGGGCCAUUGAUAGGGGUAGCCAAGUAG